AUUCAAGUGCACGUGAUUUAUUUUGAAUUCAGCUUUUCAAAGCAAUGUCUCUAAUCGUUAAUCACCUGCUGACCAACAUUUUGGCUUGUGUACCCAAACGCAAGGUCCCCGUGCGGCUACUUUUGCUUACAACAAUUAGCCACUCCCACUACCGGUAGACCAGGAACCACACAUCCUUUUCGUCCUGCUGUGCAGAUUUUGCCAAUGGCUACCACGGUUGAAAGUCCUGUCGAGGAGCUUAAACCGCAGAGAAAGGAAGUUGAAGUCCUUAAAGUUCUUGCUGAGAAGGUGAGGGGUCACGUAAAGUGGUACAGUGCUUCAAAGAGAUAUGGGUUCAUUAGUAGAAAUGACGACGGUGGUGAUCUUUUUGUCCACCGAUCAGUUAUUUCCUCGUAUUCCAAGCGGUUCCCUUCCCUUAGAAGCGGAGAAGAAGUUGAAUUCUCUAUAGUGGAAACCAAUCAUGGCAUUGAGGCAACGCUUGUUACUGGUCCUAAUGGUCAGCCCGUGAAGGGCAUAAGACCAAUGAAUCGGCGCUACCGUACGAGCAGUGAGCCAAAUGAUCAGACUAUUGACCAGUAUGCCAAUCCAGAAAUGGGCAAUGAUGCGGCUUCUCGCGCUAAACAAGGUGGACGGCGUUCCCGAGGUCCUCGUCGUAACACCAGGACUUCAAAUAGCGUUGGGGAUACUUUGCCAGCUGUGGAAUCCAAUGAAGUGAGUUACCGAUUGCCACUUAUAUAA